AUGAGGAAAGGAACAAUUGAUAGUUGUUGGGGAUGGAUGAUAGUGGCAGCCGCUGCAUUAAACAGAAUAGUAAUAUAUGGGAUAUCACACUCAGCUGGUGUUGUUUAUGUUGUCAUUUUGGAAGUUUUUAACGAAGGGACUGGGAUUACAUCAUGGAUAUCUUCCCUCAUCACUGCCGUUAUAUUUUUUACUUGUCCAUUAUCCGGAUACCUGAUAGAAAAAUUCGAUGAAAGAAAGGUUGCCAUUGCCGGAAGUCUGAUUGCAGGUAUCGGUUUGAUGUCAUCUGCUUUUGUCACUUCCGUUCCAGCACUUAUUCUAACAUACGGCAUAAUUUCAGGUGUAGGAUGCGGCCUAGCAUUUAUGCCAGGAAGUGUUGCAGUGGCUAAAUACUUCACAAACCAUCGACACCUAGCAUUGGCGAUAGCAUCUUCUGGUGGUGGAAUUGGUAGUUUUGCAUUCCCACCAUUUAUUCAAAUGUUAAAUGAAUAUUAUACAUGGCGUGGUAUGUUUUUGAUUCUUGGAGGAAUAACUCUCAAUAUAUGUGUAUUUGGAUUAAUUCUCCGCCCAUUGGCAAACUUUGAUAGAAAAAAUCUGAAAACUAAAAUGUUGAGCGAAGAAAGAGUUAGAUUCCUCGAUAGACAUUCUUAUUUGAAAAUUGUAUCAUUUUACCUCCUUAUGGCUAAUAGUUUUAUGUAUCAAUUUGGUGCAUCUAUUAUAUUAGGUCACCUGCAAGCUUAUGCUGUUUAUCAUCUAGGAUUUACUACGCAAAAUGCCGCAAUAUUGUAUACAAUUUCCGGUGUGAUGGUUUUGGUUUUCAAACUUCUACAUGGUGUAUUUGCAAAUAUAAGCCAUGUUCAAAUAUUUUGGCCUAUUUAUCAAUACAUAUUUUUCUAUGCAAUAGGUGGAAUAGCAACAAUAUUUUUGACUUUUGAUUCCCAAUACGGUGUUUACUUUUCCAGUGCAGUAUUUGGAAUGAGUUAUGCUGCAUGUGGUGGUUCACUUAUACCAGCUAUUGUCAUUGACAUAUCUGGCGUAGAAUCAUUUGGUGUUGCAUAUGGAAUUGUGCUGUUCUGUCUAUCAAUUGGACAGUUAGUUGGUGCUCCGAUUGCAGGUCUUUUAUAUGAACACCAGAAAACAUAUGAUGCCGCCUUCAUUCUAGCAGGAACAAUGAUGAUAGCAAGUGCCAUCAUAAUGAUAUAUCCUUUGAGAACUGAUCUUAAUCCUCCGAAACUAAGUAAACAAGUUGAAAUUAAUAUAGAAAUCGAUUUGAAAAACAAUGUGAAGCGUACGGAGUUUGAUCCAAUAUCCGUAUCUUCGUAUAGGGAAGCAGAAGAAGGCUCCAAUGUACAAUCAUAGACAGUUUACAUUAUGCAAGGACAUAUUCCCAUAGUUCAAAUGUUGACAUCGAAAACAACACCAGAAUUGCUGUCUGGAAUCAUUAGAAAUGUAACCAAGAUCCUCAAGUUAAGUGUCAAAAACAGUUUAAAUAAACAGUAAUGCAGAAGUUUGACAGUGGAUUGCGAUUGAUCAACCACCC